AUGGGGCAGCUCCUGUCCUCCCCAAGUCCCCAGCAAAGCGACGCGCCGGUGGCCUCCUCGGGCACCGCUUCCAGCAUGCCCUCGUUCACUGUGGAAUACGGGUACAACUGAGACGGCGGGGACCAGGAGCGCCGCAAGGCCGUGGAGCUCAUCACGCGCGUCUUCCCCGGCGCCGAGGUGAAAACGCAAGGCUCGUCGUCGCUCGGCCAGGUCAUCAUCAAGCACAACGCCACGACGGUCAUCGCCGUCAAGCAGCGCGACCUCUUCUCGAAGUACCGGUGGCCCGCGGCGCCGAAGAUUUUGGAGCGGCUCGAGAUGCUCAAAGAAGAUUUAGAGGACUAA